AUUUCAACGUAUCAACUGCUACAUACCCCCACCCCUCGUGUAUUUCUAUAAAAUGAGAGAUGCAACUUCCAUCUAGUCUCAAACUAGGAAGGAUAACCCUUAGAUUAAGAGAAAAAUGGCAAAGUUAUGCAUAAUUUUUCUUCUUGCUCUUGUUGUAGCUCAUGCAACAGCAAGAGUUGUGCCUAGCGACAAAGGUCUGAAUGAGCAGAAGAACAUCCCUACAUUCGGUGGCACUGGUGGUGGUUUGGGGGUUGGAGUAGGUGUAGGUGUCGGCAUAGGCAUUGACGUUGGUGGACUCGGCGGUCUUGGGGGUGUUGUUGGGACAGGUGGACUUGGUGGUGAGGGUGAAAAUGGUGGCUUGGGAACUCUAGGCGGCCUUGGCGGUGGUGGUGGCAGCAGCGGCUUAGGUGGAAGUGGAGGUGCAGGCGGUGACGCCGGUGCCCUACCAUGCCCUUGAAGUUCAGUAAUUACCACAAACGUUGGCCUUUUAUGAGUUCAAGGUUGUUGUAUUUGUUGUUGCUUUGCUUUACUUUUGUCGCCUGUUAAAACAGUGUCCAGCGUUGCCUUGUUUCAUUUGUACGCAUGCCAAUUGAGGCUACCAAAAUAGGUUCGAUAAUCUUCAAAUUGAACUUUAUUAUGUUUUUGGUAUUAAGAACAA